AGAAAAUUUAAAUGUCUUCAGAAGACAAAGAAGCUCAGGAGGACGAGCUGCUGGCCCUGGCUAGCAUUUAUGAUGAAGAUGAGUUCAAGAGAGCAGAGUCAGCCCAAGGAGGAGAAACAAGAAUUUGUCUGGAGUUGCCCCAAAACUUCAAAGUUUUUGUGAGUGGCAAUUCCACAGAAAGUCUCCAGAGCAGCAGGUUUGAAUACAGUGUCUGCUUUCUGCCUCCCCUUGUGCUGAACUUCGAGCUCCCACCAGACUACCCAUCCACCUCCCCACCCAUCUUCACUCUCAGUGGAAAAUGGCUCUCCCAAGCCCAGCUCAGUGCUCUUUGCAAGCACUUAGACAACGUGUGGGAAGAGAACCGGGGCUGUGUGGUCUUAUUUGCCUGGAUGCAGUUUCUGAAGGAAGAAACACUGAGUUAUCUGAACAUUUCCUCCCCGUACGAGCUAAAAAUGUGCCACCAAGGGAGUGGGCAGAGCAGGACACCUUUGGUCCCUCUGCACACUGAGGAUUGUGGAGGUGCAGCAGGCUCUGCUGCAGCUGAAGAAGAAAUGGAUGCACGAGCUGUGCAGGAUGUGGAGUCCUUGUCGAGUCUGAUCAGGGAAAUCUUGGACUUUGACCAGGCUCAGAGGAGGAAAUGCUUUAACAGUAAGAUGUACUUGUGCAAUAUCUGCUUCUGUGAGAAGCUGGGCAGUGAAUGCAUGUACUUCACCGAGUGCAGCCACGUGUACUGCAGAGCCUGCCUGAAGGACUACUUUGAAAUCCAGAUCAGGGAUGGUCAGGUCCGCUGUCUCAACUGCCCAGAACCCAAGUGUUCCUCUGUGGCUACUCCUGGCCAGGUGAAGGAGCUGGUUGGAGAGGAGCUGUUUGCACGGUACGACCGCCUGCUCCUGCAGUCCAGCCUGGACCUGAUGGCUGACGUGGUGUAUUGUCCUCGCCCGGGCUGCCAGACCCCAGUCAUGCAGGAGCCAGGCUGCACCAUGGGCAUGUGCUCCUGCUGCCACUACGCUUUCUGCACCCUCUGUAAGAUGACUUACCAUGGGGUCUCUCCCUGCAAAGUCACUGCAGAGAAAUUAAUGGAUUUGCAAAAGGAUUAUUUGGAAGGAGAUGAGGCAACUAAAAGGUUCUUGGAACAACGCUAUGGCAAACGAGUGAUUCAGAAGGCCCUUGAGGAGAUGGAGAGUAAAGAAUGGCUGGAAAAGAACUCCAAGUCCUGCCCUUGCUGUGGGACUCACAUAGAGAAGCUGGAUGGCUGUAACAAGAUGACCUGCACGGGCUGCAUGCAGUAUUUCUGCUGGCUCUGCAUGGGCUCCCUGUCCCGGGUGAACCCCUACAGGCACUUCAACGACCCCUCUUCCCCCUGCUUUAACAGGUUGUUUCAAGCCAGGCAUAUGGAUGGUGAGUUCUGGGAGGAUGAAGAUGAAGACUAG